UCGGCGGAGCGGCUGGUGAGUGCGCGCCUCGCUCGCUCGCCUUCUCGACACCGUCCGCUCCCGACGGAGGAUGAGCAGCAAUCAGUUCAACAAGGGGCCGAGCUACGGCUUGUCCGCGGAAGUGAGGAACCGGCUCGCCCAGAAGUAUGACCCUCAAAAGGAAGCGGAGUUGCGGGCGUGGAUAGAAAGUGUCACCGGAAGAGAGAUCAGCCCCGAUUUCCAGAAGGGGCUGAAAGAUGGCGUCAUUCUUUGCGAGUUAAUCAACACGCUGCAGCCGGGUUCAAUAAGGAAAAUCAACCACUCCGCCCUCAACUGGCAUCAGCUGGAAAACCUCUCCAACUUCAUCAAGGCCAUGAUUAGCUACGGCUUGAAGCCCGUUGACGUGUUUGAGGCCAACGAUCUGUACGAAAGUGGAAACAUGACCCAGGUCCAGGUGUCGCUCCUGGCUUUGGCAGGCAUGGCCAAGACGAAGGGAAUGGACAGCGGGGUGGACAUUGGGGUGAAGUAUUCAGAGAAACAGGAGAGGUGCUUCGAUGAUGCAAAACUGAAAGCUGGGCACUGCGUCAUUGGUCUGCAGAUGGGUACCAACAAGUGUGCCAGUCAGUCGGGAAUGACCGCCUACGGCACCCGGAGACACCUGUACGACCCCAAGAACCAAAUUCUACCUCCCAUGGACCACUCUACCAUCAGCCUGCAGAUGGGGACAAACAAGUGUGCCAGCCAGGUGGGCAUGACAGCGCCAGGCACCCGGCGGCACAUCUACGAUUCCAAGCUGGGCACAGACAAAUGCGACGACGGCUCCAUGUCACUCCAGAUGGGCUACAACCAGGGGGCCAACCAAAGUGGGCAGGUUUUUGGCUUGGGCCGCCAGAUCUACGACCCCAAAUACUGCCCCCAAGGCAACCCUGGCGAGGCGGCCAACGCAGCACAAAACGAAGAUGAGAAUUCAGCCGAUUAUUACUACUAUCAGGAACAAGAGGGCCAGUGAGCUGGGGAGCCCUAUCCUCUCCCCACCUCCUUCUCCCAGCGAUCCUGCAGUGCCUGUAAUUGCAACUUCUCAAAGAAAUUUGUCUUUCCUCUACCUUUCUCCCUCCCCAUCCAAGCAGAGAUGAAAAGAAAGGUCUUCAGAGUUUUGGGGGGAUAAGUGAGUCGGGUUGAUCCUUCGGGUGUUGUGAGCCAGAACCAGGGCUGUGUGUAUACUUCUUGUCAGAAAUCGGAUCUAGAUUCUGAGGUGUAGAACAGAAGCCACGCUUCAAAAAAGUAGAGGCUUGGCCUGCUUCUCCUAGUAGGGCUAGGAACUAUUGCAGGAGAACCCAUUCCCACCCACCACCACCCGCCAACACUUGGACCCUGGAGUGCCAUUGCUCCCAGUCAAACUAGAUGGAUCCAGGGGUUGAUUUGAUAUGAGGCAACUCCUCCAACUUGUGAGGAUGCCAGCAGGCCGUGCCCUCACACUUCGAAGUGUAUUUUCACAGAACGUGUU